AUGGCUGAAGGGACACGUUUGUCACAGCUUGCUGAGAUCGUUACUACCAUACAUGGAGAAACUGCUUCCUUGAAGGAAGCACGGGAUAAACAAGAGGCACUUAUAGAGGGAGUCUUACAGCAGCUUAAUAAUCUGGCAUCCAACUAUGAUAGCUUGGUACAGAUAACAACUAAGCUAAGUUCAGGAGAAGGGAGUUCUAAUAAUGUGAGGAUAAAUGCUAAUCCCUUAUUUGAUGGGCACGGUGGGAUCCAGGCGAGGACUCUCCGGUUGGAUUUUCCACGCUUUGACGAUGGGGAUCCCAGUGAGUGGAUUCUGAAGGCACUACAGUUCUUCGCAUACUGUCAAACGCUGGAGGACCACAAGCUGCAGAUUGCUUCUUUCCACAUGGAAGGGAAGGCGUUGUCAUGGUAUUACAGGUUAAUGGAGUCUAGUCCAGCAGCCAAUUGGGAGGACUUUUUGGUAGCUCUCCGCAUUAGAUUUGGACCAUCGGCAUAUGAAGAUCCAGUUGGUGCGUUCACUAAAUUGAGGCAAACCGGAAGUGUAGAAGAGUACCAAACAACAUUUGAGAUCCUGUCAAACAAAAUCACAGGGGUAAGUGAAGAAUUUCGUAUAAGUACUUUUUUAAGUGGAUUAAGAGAUGAAUUGAGGAUUAUUGUUACCAUAUUCAAACCAACUACUCUCUCUGCUGCCUUUGGAUUGGCUCGAUUGCAAGAGGAGGAGGUGGGUAGGAAACAAUACCCUUACCAAACUCCACAUAUCCAAAACAAUCCACAUCCAAACACCCACAAGCCAGCCCCACUCAAAUUACCAGGACCAAAUCCAGUGCCAAGACUUCCUGCACCCCCACCAAACUCACAACCGAAUCCAAUUCCCCCUACAAGAUACCCUUUUUCCAUAAAAAGACUAAGCCCCAGCCAAAUGCAAGAAAUGAGAGACAAGGGGUUAUGCUAUAAUUGUGAUGAAAAAUACCAAAUAGGGCACAGGUGUAGCAGGCCUAAAUUAUACCUGCUAGAAGGGCUGGAAUUGGGAGUGGAAGAUUAUGAGGAAGAGGAAAGGGAGGAGACUUGCCACCAGGGUGACAUGGGGGUUGUUUCGAUAGCACAACAAGCUGAACUGCUGGUCAUCUCUCUAUAUGCCAUAGUAGGAGUUCCCUCACUAAAGACUAUGAGGUUAGUGGGAAAAAUUGGAAAAAAUUUAGUCAUAGUUCUUAUUGAUACUGGCAGUACACAUAGCUUUAUAGACGUGAAUGUAGUAAGAAAAAUAAGGCUACCAGUGGAAGAGAGCCACUUGGCUGUCCAAGUUGCUAAUGGAGCGACUUUUCCUUGCCAGGGUUGUUGUAAGGCAGUAUUACUUAGGCUGCAAAGUUGUGAUAUUUUGGCUAAUCUUUAUUUAUUAACUUUGGGAGGGUGUGAUAUUUUUUUUGGGGUAGAUUGGUUAAGGAGUUUGGGCACAAUCCAGUGGAAUUUUGCAGAUUUGAGCAUACGGUUUCACAUUGAAGGGCGAAAACUAUUGUUGCAAGGCUUAAAGCCACCCGAGAACUCACUAGAGGAGGAACCAACGCUGAGCAAGACUACCCUGGUCAAAGGAAGAGGCAUUUGGCUGCAACUAAUGGAGGCCGACAAUACUAAGGGAAGGGCACCUGUAGAUCCAGCCAUACAAGCUGUUUUGGACAAUUUCCAAACAGUGUUUGCUGAACCAAGUGGACUUCCUCCCCCCAGGAGUCAUGAUCAUCAAAUCCAGCUCCAAGAGGCAGCCAAACCCACUUGUGUAAGACCCUAUCAUUACCCCUACUACCAGAAAGAAGAGAUUGAGAAACUGGUCAGAGAGAUGCUAAAGGCUAGAAUUAUUCAACCUAGCUAA